GGAGGCGCCGCGCGCCGGGGACAGCGGCGGACGGCGGCGGCGGCAUGCGGCUUCUCGCGCUGCCCAUCGUGGGCUGAGACGGCCGCAGCACGGGCGGGAGGCGCGGUGGCCGGCGAGCCGAGGGCGCAGCCAGCCGGGCAGACCGCGGACAGCGGUCAGGGCGCCGCGCCAUGGGCCGAGCCGAGGGCGGGGACCCGGGUCGGGGGCCGCCGCCGCUGCUGCUGCUUCUGGGGGCCACGCUGGUCCUCGCCGCCGGGGCCGCGCCGGCGCGUGAGGCGGGUAGUGCCGUCGAGGCCGACGAGCGGGUGAAGAGCGUCCUGGUGUGGGAGCCGAGUGCCAACAGCACGCGGGAGAAGGCCGGCCAGCCCACAGCUGGGGAAGACGAGACUUCGUGGACCGCGGCCGGCGGCGAGCAGGCAGUGGUGGGUCCUGGGGUCGGGCCAGAGGAGGUGCUGGAGGCGUCGGCGGCGGUGACGGGCACCGCCUGGCUGGAGGCUGACAGCCCAGGCCUGGGCGGAGUGACCGCAGAGGCGGGCAGCGGAGACACCCAGGCCCUUCCAGCAACCCUCCCGGCUCCCGACAAGGCCCUCGGGCAGUCGUCGGUGCCCCCCACAACCUCCGAGGCUACAGAGACCAGUGGACCACCCUCCUCCACCCCCGCCGACAAGCUGAGCCCAGGCCCUGAACUCCCCAAGGAGAGCCCCUUGGAGGUUUGGCUGAACCUGGGAGGCAGCACACCUGAUCCUCAUGGGCCAGAGCCCACGUUUCCCUUUCAGGGCACACUGGAGCCCCAGUCAGCAUCAGAUAUAAUUGACAUCGACUACUUCGAAGGAUUGAAUGGUGAGGGCCGAGGCGCCGACCUGGGGAGCUUCCCGGGGUCACCAGGAACCUCAGAGCACCACCCGGAUAAUGGGGGAGAGACCCCUUCCUGGAGCCUGCUUGACUUGUACGAUGACUUCACCCCCUUUGAUGAAUCUGAUUUCUACCCUACCACAUCUUUCUAUGAUGACUUAGAUGAAGAGGAGGAGGAAGAGGAGGAGGACAAGGAUGCAGCAGGAGGUGGAGACCUGGUAGAUGAAAAUGACCUUCUAGUGCCCACUGAGAAGCCUGUUCUGGGGCCAGGGACAGGCCAGCCCACCAGUCGGUGGCAUGCUGUCCCUCCACAGCAUACUCUGGGAAUGGUCCCUGGCAGCAGCAUCGCCCUCAGGCCCCGCCCAGGAGAGCCAGGCAGAGACCUGGCCACAAGUGAGAAUGGCACUGAGUGCCGCAGUGGCUUUGUGCGGCAUAAUGGCUCGUGCCGGUCAGUGUGCGACCUCUUCCCAAGUUACUGUCACAAUGGCGGCCAGUGCUACCUGGUGGAGAACAUAGGGGCCUUCUGCAGGUGCAACACACAGGACUACAUCUGGCACAAGGGGAUGCGCUGCGAGUCCAUCAUCACCGAUUUCCAGGUGAUGUGUGUUGCCGUUGGCUCAGCCGCCCUCGUCCUGCUCCUGCUCUUCAUGAUGACAGUGUUCUUCGCCAAGAAGCUCUAUCUGCUCAAGACGGAGAAUACUAAGCUGCGUAGGACCAACAAAUUCCGGACCCCAUCUGAGCUUCACAACGAUAACUUCUCCCUAUCCACCAUUGCCGAGGGCUCUCACCCAAAUGUAAGGAAACUUUGCGACACUCCCCGUACCUCCUCCCCCCAUGCCCGUGCCUUGGCUCACUAUGAUAACGUUGUCUGUCAGGAUGAUCCUAGUGCUCCCCACAAAAUCCAGGAAGCUCUCAAGUCCUGCCUGAAAGAAGAGGAGCCAUUUAACAUCCAGAACUCCAUGUCGCCCAAACUUGAGGGUGGCAAAGGUGACCAGGCUGACUUGGAGGUGAACUGUCUUCAGAAUAACUUAACCUAAAGCAGAGCAAGAAGAGAGGAAGUGGGGGGUGGGGGUGGGGGAAGAACAUUGUCUCCUCUUGUACAGAGUCUAUUUCUUGUAACCAUUUGUUAAACUCUUUUCUUUUUCUGAUCUCAUGGCAUGCUUUGAUGUAUUUUGUACAGGAGGGAAAAAAACACAAAAUAAGCAAAGAACCUGAACAGAAUCGCAUACGUUGGAUUGUUUUGUCUGUGCUGUCUGUACAUUGCUUCUGCUGCUGUGAUUUCUAAACCUAUGCUGUUAUUCAACUGACUUUUUUUUUGUACUUUGACACACCUUUUUUUGAAAUACCAGUAAAACAAAGUUCUUGAAAUAAAACUUUUUAAAAAGCCA